UUAAACAAGCCUAAACACUUCACUGCGCGCAAAAAUUGGACUUACCACACUCGCAUCCCUCUCUCUGCAUUUCAGUUGCCUCUCUCUCUCUCUCCCUCUCUCCCUCUCCAAACUGUGUAAGAGUCUCUCUGCCUUCAGCACUCUAUAAAGACUACAGGGGCUCAUCUCAAAACUUUUUAUUUUUUUGCUUAAGACAGAAAAGUUUUGACGAGGUUUUGACUUCUUUAUUUAUUUUUUUUUUUACCUCUCCUCUUUUUCUCUUCUCACUUUCUCUCUCUUGGGUGCUCCAGCCAUCACUCUGCUCUCUCUCAUUCAUUCUCUCCUGACAACUUUCCUCCUCGCUCUCGUGACUGAAGAGUGCGAAGAAGAAGGAGCCGGAGCACGUGACAAUUUCCGGAGUUCAAUUUAUUUAUUAAUUUUCUAUUUAUUUAUUUAUCUACGUUUGUCUGCUGGUCUCCCUAUCUCUUGGACCCGAAUCAAUAUGAAAUUGCUGCUCGACUCCUCCUCAUCUCUCCUCUUCUCGCUGCUAUUGGCUCAGCUGCCUGUGUUCACGUCUGCCUCUCCAGUGCCACAGCGGCGGCCCAGUGACAUGGAUAAACUGUCCAAUCAGACGAGAAAUCUAAUGAAGCUCACCCAAGAACUGCUGAGGGAGCAUGCAUUUGACUCAGACGUGGAGCCCCACAGGUUCAGGUCUCUGCCAGAAAUGGGCAACAGAUCAGCCAAUGACCUCAGCAAUCUUGAGCUCAAGUCCACACUCUCUCAGCUGCAUGCCGACCUGAAGCUGUAUGAGCACCACUUUGAGUGGCUGAACAAGGUUUCAAAGAAGCACCACCACCCUGCAGUGCCCAAACUGGUGGAGAUGAUCAGAGAAAUGAAAUCUCUCAUCAGCCUUCUGCACCGUCAGAUGCAGAGAGUUGAAGCACCGAGGCUGACCCCGGCAACCCCGUCCCUCCCCCCUCACCUCCCCUAUCAGUUUGACGUGCUACAGUCCAGCCAUGAGCUUCUUCAACACUUCAAGCUCUUCUGCGAUUGGGCGUACAGAGCAUUCAUCAGCCUCAAGCCCAAAGUUACUGCAGUACAAUGAUGACCCAUGAACUGUUUGGCUGCAGAGCUGUGAGGAUGCAUGGAGUCCUGCCUCAGCCAAAGGGGAAUUAGGACCAUGUCAGUGUGCACUGCAGUCAACAGCAUCCUUUAAGAGGCCAAAACAUCAACCAAUGACAUGUGUGUUGAAGAAUGUGUCUUUCCACCAGAGCCAAUGAGGAUGCGUUAUACUGCAGCCAGUUACGACCAUCAAGAUUCCCGUUAAAGCAAACAGCCAGUUUACUUAUGAUGAUCGAGUCUUAAUUCCCCAAACUUUCUCCUAAAGGCCUUUUUCAUGACCAUGUUAUUUAUGUAUUUAUUUAUUUAUUGACUGUUAGUAAUUUAUUUAAUUCUAUUUAUUUGAAGUUGUAAUGUGUCACUCUCAUCUUUAUUUCUGUAUUAACGUGAAUUUAUUUGCCCACAUCUUUGUAAUCUUUCUCUUUGUCUUGUCUCUCACUGAUCCUCAAGAAAAAAACACAGUAGCACUUCCUGAACCUAUAGCUCUGAUAAUGACUUUUGUUAAAACUAACUUAAUUUACUUUGCAUUUGUCUAUUUCGUCAGCCAAUAAUUCUUCCAGUAGAUGUAGCAUACAUUUUGAACAGCCAAGGUUUUCAUUAUCUCUCACUUGCAGUGCCCUUAAAAUAAACAUUUCAGAAGAUGCAAACGUCAUCCUCUAACCAUGUUAAACGUGUCACGUAUUAAUGUGUCAAUUGAUGGCCUAUGAAAUUAGUUGUUAAAUGUCAGGAUGGUAAAUGUCAGGAUGGUAGUGAAAGAGAAGUGAAUACUUACUUUUGUACCACAGGAAGAGUUUCUAUUUUCGAUGCCUGUUUUUUUUUAGUUCUGCAUGAGGAGGCAUAUUUAACAUUGUGGUAAAGUUGUAUGAAUGUGCCCUGUUGCUGAGCACUGAUGGACCUGAUUAGAUUCUUUGCACAAACUUGUUAGGAUUAGCCUCUUGGCUGAGUGAGAUGGCUGAUUUUGAACCUGUGCUUUGGGAUAGAAAAGUUUUUUUUUUUUUUUUUUUAAGUUAAACACCCAAAGCCUUAAAAUACUAUGUAUUGCGACACUAUGUUCUGUACAGGUGUACAUAAAUAUACAAGAAUGUAAAUUGUUGUAUACAGUGCUUUGUGUAUUAUGUUGUUUUCUACAAUAUACUGUUGAUUACUUUACCAAUUUUAUCACUAUAAUUUUUGUUCAUUCCUACUCUAGUAUUUGUUACAGUAUUGACUAUUUAUUUAAGUAACUUGGUGGAACUAUUUAUUUGUGUUGCAGUGGAGCAAGCCUCCUAUCUUUUUGUACUUUUAUACAGUUUUUAUUCCUAUUUACUAUUAUUAUACUAUCAUGUUUAAAUUAUUGUUGUAACAUCAAGAUGCCUCUUCCACACACUGAUUGGCCUCAAUGUGAAAUAUGUGCCUUGGUGAAAAUAAAUACUAAAGAAUGUGCACAAUGGA